AUGACCAGUGAUAACAGCGCUUCUCAGCUCACAUUGUUCAAGAUCCCAAGCCGGCUUCUCGAUGGUACCUCUGAGAUUUCUCGAGUCAACCAAAUGAGUGUCCGGGACAUCAUCAACCAAGGGUACAAUAAGCCACGGUUCCAGUAUAAAGUGAUGUUGACCUCAAGGAUCAAGUCGUCAGGACUGGUGCUUUCAGAUUUGGGGUUCGAGAAACCAGGAUGCUACUUGUACCUUCUUAUUGGCACCAGGGAGUGGUUUUUGGAACACCCUGAAACUCCUGGAAAAUGGUGGGAUCAACUGAUGAUUAAUAGUAUCCCGGCGGUCGAAUGUGAUGAGACUUUCCAGUAUACUGAUGUGAUGACCACCAUGACACUUGCUACGAUUGGGAUGAAACCUGUAAAGAAAAUCGUCACUGAUGAAGCGGGAGAAUACAUCAAUGGGUCAACCGUGGAAGUCACGGCGUUUACCUCGCAUUUCAGCAAUUCCGGUGGGUUGAUCAUGGAAUUACUUAAGCGAGAUCUUUGCAUGAUGGCAGAACAUAUUAGACAAGGUGGUGAGUCGCCAUUGGGAGAACAAGAAGUUUAUGAAAGGGUAGAGCGAUUAUCGGCAGAGGUAUUCCAGGAGCAUAACUUAGUUGAAUAUUACGUUGAGAAAUUGGGAUUUAAACCGGUGCCGGAUGGGGUUCUUACGGUGCGCAAAGAAGAUGUUGAGAAAGUGCUUGAAAAAGGGGUAGUUAGUGCAACUGAUAUUCAUAUCGUUAGUUUGUUUUAUGAUUUAUGA